AUGGCUGCAGAGCAAGAACGCAGAGAUGUCGAGUUCAAGACCUUCGAUGGCUUGACUUUGCGUGGUUGGCUGUUCGUGGGCCCCAAGGGCGGUCCUGCAGUGAUUGUUAACGGUGCUUUUAUGUGCCCAAGAGAAAUCUUCGUGGCUAAUAUAGCGGCUUGGUUCGGACGUCAUGGGCUGACAGCUCUUGUUUACGAUGCUCGUUCUAUUGGCGCGAGCGAUGGCAUGCCCCGAACCGAUUUGGACCCACAAAAGAUGGCCGAAGACAACUCUGACGCCGUCACGUUUUUGCAGAACGACGGCUGGGUUGACCCAAACCGCAUAGCCGUAUGGGGAUUCUUCUACAGUUCUGGAAUAGCACUUGAGGCUGCAGCAUUCGAUAGGCGCAUAAAAGCUGUCAUAGCGCAAGGCCUCAUGCCUGAGUGGUACCUGGAUCCUAAGGAUCAGGAGGACCUCGUUGCCCGAGCAGUUGAGGACCGAGCAAACCAGCUUCGAGGCGAACCGCCGGCGUAUAUGCCCCUUCUCAAUGAAAAGGGCGAGCACUUCCUGCUCUUCAAUUACCUAGCCAAAAUGACGCCUGAGCAACAGGCUCACCUUCCCAACUGGAUCGUCGGAGCCAAGAAGGCUGCCUCGACCUUCAGAGACAGUCUCACAAUUCAGAGCUUCUAUCGCCAUGCGAAGUGGAAGCCCAUACACCUAUUUGCAUCUGUCAGCCCCACCCCGGUCAUGAUUUUGACACCUGAGAAUGAUGAGAUUGUGCCUCCUGAGUAUCAGAAGAGCAUAUACGACAGUUUGCAAUCACCACAGAAAAGAUUCCAAAUUGUCAAAGAUAGGGGUCACGCAAACUUUUUGAGCGUUGACAUUGAUGAGCUUCUGACCGGACAGCUAGCGUUCCUUAAGGAUGUUCUAGGCUUCUAA